AUGAGUGUCAAGGAGACGAUUGGCAGGGUGAAAUGGGAUGAGUAUCCUUUGAGGAAAGGUGAAAGUAAUUCAGAAUGCUGUGAAGAAGAAUCUCCACCAGCUUCGGUUCCAAAACGAAUUACCAAGGUGCUAAAAAUCCUCAUACCUCAUGUUGGUCUCAUCAUGUUAUUGCUAACAUAUAUCGCAAUCGGUGCUUUGAUCUUCAUUUGGUUAGAAGCUGACAACGAAUUACAGAAUCGCCGAUCGAAAUUGCAAAAAGUAUUGAAAUUGUACAGUAUGAUUAUCAACGAAACUUUCAGCAUGUGUACGCCAGAGCUUACCGACAAUACUACACGAUUAUCGGUCGAACGACGGAUACGUUCAUUGUUAUCAAUCUUAUCAAAUACACACGAAUAUGACGAUCGUUUCACGUUGAAUGCUCAAUUAUGGACUGAUUCUGAAGAAGAACUUGUUACACGAUGGUCAUUUGCUGCUUCCGCAUUAUACGCUUUAACCGUUAUCACAUCUACUGGAUAUGAUCAUGUAACACCAAGUACUAAUCCAGGACGAUUGUUUACGGUAUUUUUUGGCCUCGUUGGUAUACCUCUGAUGUUUAUCACUGCCGCUGAUAUUGGUAAAUUUCUAUCAGGAAUUGUAAUACGAUCAUACAGUAAAUUAUUAGAACUGAUUGAAUGGAUUGGUUCCAUGAUAGAUGCCAUUCGUGAUUGUGUUAAAGAUGAUGAUGAUUCUAUUAGUUCAAGAAAAAGACGGACGAAUCAGUCACAGAGUAUGUUGGAUGAUGACGAUGAUGAAGAAGGACGAGUACAACUUCCGAUUGCUUCUUACUUCGGAUUGAUCAUUGGAUAUUGUGCAAUUGGGAGUAUGCUUUUCAAUACUUUUGAAAAGGGACCCAUAUGGUCAUUUAUGCACGGUGUGUUUUUCUCAUUCAAUACUAUUACAACAAUUGGUCUCGGAAAUAUCCAUAUCAGGAAUCAGUUAUAUUUAACUUUAGUGAUUGCUUAUGUGAUAAUUGGUUUGGCAGUGAUAACAGCAUCAUUAGAUUUAUGCAGUUCAACACUCAAACGAACAUUCACCAAACUGCAUUAUUUCGGUCGUAAAAUUCGUGGUGCACGCCGCGGUUUCGCAAAUGUUAGCGAUGAUAUCCGUGAAGCUAUGAGGAUUAUUGCAGCUCUUAAAAAGACAAGGCCAAAUAAAGAACGUAUAACGUUAGAAGAUUUGAAGCGAUUCCUCGAAGUUCAAGAACAUCUCAUCAGACAACCCUAUGUUCCAUAUAAUGUCCACAUAUUUCGAUGGAUUGAAGAUGCUUAUGCACAAUAUUUUGACGAAGGAUCAAUGACAGAAAAGGAAAAAAAUUCCACCGCUGAUCCAAUACUGUUUUUUUGA